CACUUACUGUAGGUUUGUUUGACAGUUGUAAAUGGUAGUUGAAUCAUGCAUACCAUAAUGAAAUAUUUAACUGUAAGUUUAUAUUUGUUUGUUGGCCGCUGAGUUGACUUACAGUAUUUAAUAUAUCCUUUCUCUUCCUCGCUGCAUAAAAUAUACUGAGUUUUCAAGAAUAGAAAGAUAGAGAGAUCAGAGCUCAGAGCUCAGAAGAAGUAAGGUUGUGUAAUCAGAUGGAUAAUACAGUGAAGGAACAUGAAGAAAAACAAGUGAUGGAGCAGAACAAAGUUAGCCAAAUGAGAUCCUUGGUUGAAACUCAGGAUCCCACUUCCAAGGAUGUGGAUGAUCUGAUGAUAAGAAGGUUUUUACGGGCUCGUGAUUUGGAUAUUGAUAAAGGUUCUGCAUUUUUUUUGAAAUAUAUGGAAUGGAGACGUUCAUUUGUGCCUAAUGGUUUUAUCUCUGAAUCGGAGAUAGCGUUUGAUUUAUCCCACAAGAAGUUGUUUAUGCAAGGAUUGGACAAGAGUGGACGCCCAAUUGUAGUCACCUAUGCUUCUAAACAUUUUCCUAACAGAGCAAAGGGAGGUGUUGAGGAGUUCAAGCGUUUCGUAGCGUACACUCUCGACAAGAUAUGUGCACGGAUGCCCGCAGGACAAGAAAAGUUUUUAGCCAUAGCGGAUAUUGAAGGCUGGGGAUACUACUCGAAUUGUGACAUCCGUGGAUAUCUAGCCGCUUUAUCCGUCUUACAGGACAAUUACCCAGAGAGGCUUGCAAAAAUGUACUUAGUUCACGUCCCUUCUGUUUUUAUGGCGGCAUGGAAGUUGAUCUACCCAUUUAUCGAUAGUAACACCAAGAAAAAGAUUGUAUUUGUGGAGAACAAAAAUCUUAAAUCAACUCUUCUUGAAGACAUCGAUGAGAGUCAAUUGCCAGAAGUUUAUGGAGGUAAACAACCAUUAGUUCCCAUUGAAAAAUGCUAAGUGAUAUUCAUGCACAUUCCAAAGUCUUGUCUAUGCGAUCCCUACGAUAUUGAUACUGAGAAGUUGUGGCAAACGAGCCCACGAUUUACAAGUUAAGUACUCAUUAUUGUUACUUCAGUUGUGUAUCACAGCGCUUCAGAUUCAUUUAUUUCAUUUUUCCUGUGUAAGUUUCUGCAAUUGAGAUUCCACAGGUAACUGUAAUGGUGAGACAGACAUAUAUAAUGCACCGCCCAUCUUGCGCGACUAAGAAACAACUGCUACAUUCCAUAUUAUGUAAGAAGGCAUUGUAUCCGACGAACAUAUAUUUAUGCAAAUCUUUCCGCCUGUUCUUGUGA